AUGGGUUCCAUCCAAGCCACCCAGGUCAUCUCAGCGGGUUCAGACCAAGUCACUGUCAUACUCACAAAGGGCCCCAGCCAAGCCGCCGCCGCCGGAAAAUCCCGCGACGGCACCACAUACCUCGUGCACUACUCGCUCAUGCAGCCGCUAGACCCAGCCGCCGCCAAAAAAGCCGCCGAAGACAAGGCGGUCGCCGCCAUUGACGGCAUUCUCAACGACCCGGCGAAGCAGAAACGCCUCAUCGAGCGCCUCGAGCGCCGCAUCCCUGGCGCCAAACAGGCACUACCGCCAAUCACCGUCCAAUUCAUCCUCGGGCACGAGAAGCUCGUCAAACGCCAGCGCUACGAGCCGACGCCGCUGCCGCCGCGCCCCCGCCAGUUUCUGCGUUGA